GCGGGCGUUGGAUGUCCAGGCCCAUCUUCCAAACCCACUCAAGCCCUUCCGCCACCUCCGAGCGUGCAGUCGGCUUCUCCUGACGAAGUAAUGGUAGUUGAGGAGCAGCCAUUGGUAAGGAAACGGAGAGGCAAAGCGGUUGACACCACUGGCGAUGCGUCAAAGAAGAUGAAGGAGACUGUAGAGGAGACGGAUCGUCCUCUUCCGAACGACGUAUGGGACCCCUCCUUCAAUCUGAGUCAUAAAAUCGAGUUCAACUUGGAGUAUGGUUUACUUGUCAGGCUGUUAAUCUGGGAAGAUCACUACUAUGAACCCUUGCCAUCUCCUUUCCCUCCACGUACUAUUGGGGUGUCUAAUUUUCCAUACCGAGACGGGGAAGGGUGCUGGUUUUCUUCUGAGUCUCAAUUGGGGAUUCAGGAGGAGGACAGAGUCGGUGGAUUGAUUAACAAAAUGAUGUUGAAUAAUUCAGUCAGUAUUGCUGGAGAAGGGAUGGUUGGACGGGCAACAUUUACAGGAAACUAUCAGUGGAUUCUUAUGAACAAUUUCAGUGGAGAUGCAUAUCCACCAGAGGUAUAUUCUGAGUUGCAUUACCAAUUUUCUGCUGGAAUGCAGGUUACUUCUUCUCAGUUGGAAAGAAAGUGGAGAGAUCUAAUUAGUGGGUUCAUGCUUUUCACCGUCCAAUUAAUUCAAUGAAAAAGAUAAUUUGCUUUCACCAACCAAUACAUAAAGUGUCAUAUCAGAUGCAUUACACUGCAAUUAUGGCAAUUCUUGUUCUUGCUAAAUUUCUUUACCAAAAAUAAACUUGAAUAUUUACUUUUCUUAUAUAUGGAUGUAAUUUACCAUAGCAAUUGAUCUUUUAUCUUUCUGGAAAUUGAUCUUA